UUCAACAUGCAACUCUUUGCCAUCGUCUCGUUCGCCCUGGUGGCCUUGGCCGCCGCUGAUGUCAGCCACCUGAGCAACACCUAUCUGCCACCUCGCUCCUCCGUGGUCACGAGUGUGACCAAGAGCUACAUCGCUCCGGCUGCCUCCGUCCAGAGCGCCUCGUAUGCCGCCCCAGCUGCUGCGGCGUCUACCGAUGCAGCCUCGUUCAGCAGCGACUCCUCGUUCGUGGCUCCCGCUGCCUCCGUCCAGACCACCUCGUAUGCCGCCCCAGCCAAGACUUUCACCAGCAAGGCGUACACCGCUCCUGCUGCCACCUACCAGAGCACUACCUAUGCCGCCCCAGCUAAGCAAUUCGUCAGCAAGACCUACACCGCCCCAGCUACCAGCAGCUUUACCGCCGACACAUCCUAUGUCGCUCCUGCUGCCACCUACCAGAGCGCCUCGUAUGCUGCCCCUGCCAACACUUUCACCAGCAAGACCUACACCGCUCCUGCUGCCACCUACCAGAGCGCUUCCUAUGCUGCCCCAGCCAACACUUUCACCAGCAAGACCUACACCGCUCCUGCCGCCACCUACCAGAGCGCUUCCUAUGCUGCCCCAGUCAAGACUUUCACCAGCAAGACCUACACCGCCCCAGCUACCAGCAGCUUUACCGCUGACACAUCCUAUGUCGCUCCUGCUGCCACCUACCAGAGCGCCUCGUAUGCUGCUCCCGCUGAAGUCGUACGCUGCUCCAGCCACUAGCUUCGCCAGCGACUCGUCGUAUGCUGCUCCCGCGGCCAGCUUCGAGAGUGCUUCGUAUUCUGCUCCCGCUGCAGC